AUGUGUUGUGGAUUUGUUGUGGUAGCCAAAUUUUUGCCUUCGCAGAGAGGAGCUGGAAGAGAGGAGCUGGAAGGGCUCACUUACCUCAUCUACGUUUUCCUAAUAUUUAUUUUCUUAACUGUUUUAUUAGUUGCUCGGAUCCUUAUUCUCUUUCUCACAGUGGUAGCAGGCUCUUGGUUUGACCACGUCAGAGGAUGGUACACCCACAGGGAGCAGUUAAAUUUUCUCUUCUUAACAUAUGAAGAAAUGAUCCAGGAUCUCAGGGGAGCUGUACUAAAGAUGUGUCAUUUCCUUGGAAAGCGCCUCCAGGAUUCGGCCAUCGACAGGAUUGUGGAAAAAGCUACUUUCAAAAACAUGAAAAAUGACCCGAAAGCAAAUUAUGAAUUCCUGCCCGAGAAAGCCAUUCUCAAAGACAAUGGAAAAUUUCUUCGCAAGGGCACUGUUGGAGACUGGAAGAACACUUUGACAGUUGCUCAAAGCAAUCACUUUGAAGAGGUGUACCGGCAGAGAAUGAAAGACCUGCCUCUGAAGUUCGUCUGGGAUCUUAAUGAAGACGCUUCCUGAUUGGCAGGUUCAGUUCUAAGAAAUACAUAAUGGGGAGAU